AUGUGUUAUCGUCUCGUGGAGCGCUUCUCGGUGUGCGGAUGUGUCUACUACAAGCACGCCGUUGAUCGUUGUGCUGCGUACAGUCAGUCCGGUCAUAAAGUCCAGGAGCGGACAAUUCCGGUGGGCUACACUUGCGUCGAUCACUCGGAGCCGCCACAAGGGGCAUAUAGCUCCGAUGCCUACACAUACUCGGACUCGGGUUACUACAGCAGCCAGUCGCACAAGAGCAGCAGGCGCCGGUGA